GGGCAGUUGGACUGUCUGUGAGGUUUCGGUAAAGGCAGGGCAGAGGGAAACUCAGGUGUUUCGUGUUUUGUGUUGGCCAGGGGGGCCGAGCGGGGGGACGCCUCUCCGUGUGUUGAAGUACUGUGUUAUGGCCUGAAGCCGGCAGUGGCGCUCGGGGAAGGAGUUUGCACAGUGCUCCUGGGUCUGUGAACUCUAAUCCCGGUGCUACUCCUGUCUGUAUUUUGUCAUCAUGGGUUGUACGCUGGCCAAGGAGAAGAAGAUCCCUAAGGGAUUCCCUCCGGCUUUGGGGGGGGCCGCCCCCCCAGGGGCUGCGGGAGCGAUGUCGCCCGUAGCGGCUUCAGCCGCGGUCGCUAGCGGGGAGGCGGCGGCCCCCUCAGGACCUGCAGGGUCUGUUCUGGCUGGAGCCGCCCCAGGGGUGGUGCUGACUGCCGGCGCGGUUGCUACGGCAACGGGGGCUGCCGCCCGCACAGGCGUAGUUGCGGGUGUGGACGGCUCCGUCCCCGGAGGAGCCGACAAGGCCCGGGGAAGAGGGGUGGAGCCGCCCACUGCGGCCGGAGCUGUCCCCAUGGUGAUGGGAGGCACCGGCGUAGAUCGUAGAACUGCGGGAGGAGGAGCAGGGGCGGUGCCUGCAGCCGGGAUCACCGCCCCGGCCGACACGGGACCCUCCGGCUCCGCCAUUGUGGGCGGAGCUAAAGCCGCCCCUUUUCCCCCAGCAGCGCCUGUCCUUUAUGGUCGCUAUCCUACAACCACGGGGGGCAGGGGUACUUCAGCUGCGCCGCCCAGUUAUGUAGGAUUUCCCACUGUGGAAGGGGGGAAGCAGGAACUGGAGGGAUUUCCAGCUUCUGCCCCAUAUCAUCAGGGAACGAGCACUCCAAGAAAGAGCAAAUCAAUCCCGGCCUCCGACUGGAAGCAAAGGCAGGGUCUUCCCCCCUUUGACCCCUCGAGCGUGAAAGUCGAAACUCGAGACAGUGAUUUUACUGACACAGAUACAGAAGCCUCUGAUGGCAAAUUAGAUAGUAGCACGGAGGAGGAAAAACCUCCUGUAGUAAAACCAAAAACAAAGGGGAGGAGAGUCUGUGAAGCCCUAGCAGAUUCCAGCCCAGUCGCUAGAAGAACGAGGACAAAGAAGGAAAAACCUGUGGUAGAGGCUCCCUUAAUACAGGCUAUGGGUAACCAAGGCCCAGUGUUAAUAAAGGCUCCUUUUUCUCUGGCUGAAUUGCAGCAGUGGAAAGCUUUUGUUGGAGCAUAUAGAGAUAACCCAGAUAAAGUGGCUAAUUAUAUGGAAAGAGCAAUUAGAACACAAAAUCCAGAUUGGUGUGACUUAGAAGUGAUGAUGGAUACAUUACUUGACUCCACAGAGAAGGAAAUGGUUAAGCGAGCUGCUCAGUCUAGAAUUGAGCUACUAAUAACAAGUGGAGUACUCACAGGGAAACUUAAGGAUAUUUUCCCCCUAGAGGACCCGAAGUGGGACCCUAAUUUACCAGAGAAAAAAGAAGCAUUGAAAUGCUAUCAGGACUGGGUAGUAUAUGGUUUCAGGCAUGGGAUUCCAAAGGCAGUGAACUGGUCAAAGGUGGAUGAAGUAAAACAAGAUAGAAAUGAGUCCCCAACAGACUUUCUGAAUAGGCUAAGAGAGGUUAUACGAAAAUAUACAGACAUAGACACGGAGUCAGGUUUCGGGGAAAAGUACUUGGUCUAUUUGUUCAUAUACCAGUCUGCGGAUGAUAUAAGGAAAAAGCUGCAGGAGGUAGGGGGCAGGAAAGAUAUUGGUAAAUUAUUGGAUAUUGCUUGGACAGUGUAUCGCAAUAGAGAUCAGAAAGGCAGGGCAAGGGUGCUGAAGCUAGAGGAAGAUACCUGCCAUGUACUCCACAGAAGCAGUAACUGUCAGGAACGCUGCAAACAUAAUGCCUACCACAAGUGUGAUUUGGCAAACGAUCGAUGUUUUUUCUGUAAAAAGAAGGGACAUUGGAAAAGGGAUUGUCCAGACUUGAAAAGAAGUGGAAAUCCAGUCCCUCAGCUGUCUGUGAACCGGGAUGCAUGAAGGGCAUCGGAGGAUUCUUCCCCAGCAGAACCUCUGGUUAUAGCUAAGUUGGGGGAAGAAGAAGUUGAAUUCUUGGUUGAUACAGGCGCAGCAUAUUCUGUGUUAAAUACCUUAGAAGGGAAAUUGAGUCGUGAUACUAUAACUGUGGUUGGUGCUACAGGGGUAAGUGAAACCAGGCCUUUCUUUAAACCUUUGAGAUUUAAAUUAGGUAAACACUGGGUAACUCAUCAAUUCUUCUAUAUGCCAAACUCUCCUAAGCCUUUAUUGGCUAGAGACUUAUUGGAGAAAUUCGAAGCUGAAAUUAAAUUCUGCAAGGGGGGAAAUAAAAGUCAUAAUUCCUGACACUAAAUAUAUCAAGGCAGCUACCUUCUUCAUACAGGAGAACCACAGAGAGAUCCUCACAGAUGAAUGAGAAUGAAUGAGAAUGCUGUCAUCCCUAUAGUAUGGGCUAGCGAGUGUCCUGGGAGAUCCAAACAAGCAGAGCCUGUAAGCAUCACACUCAAACCAGGAGCAACACCGGUAAGACAAAAACAAUACCCCUCGAAGCUAGAAAGCUGUAAAGGGUUAGCACCCAUAAUUGAAAAUUUCUCAGAUUUGGGUUAUUGGUAGAACAUGAGUCCAAAUUCAACACCCCUAUCCUACCGGUAAAGAAGGCUGAUGGCAAGAGCUAUCAAUUGGUCCAAGAUCUGAGGGCAAUCAACAAAAUAACCAAGGACAUAUACCCAGUAGUAGCCAACCCCUAUACCUUAUUGACCACAUUAACAGAUGAUUUAGGGUGAUUUACUGUGCUUGAUCUCAAGGAUGCCUUCUUCUGCAUUCUCGUACAUAAGGAUAGUCAAGAGCUUUUUGCUUUUGAAUGGGAAAAUCCUGUGGGAAAAUCCUGAGACAGGGAGAAGAACUCAACUCCCCUGGGCAGUUCUACUGCAGGGCUACAAGAACAGCCUGACGAUAUUUGGAAACCAACUGGCAAAAGAACUGGAGGACCGGAGAAGGUAGCAACCAGGAGUUGUCCUGCAAUAUGUAGAUGACAUACUAAUUGGUGCCAAAAGUCAAGACAAAUGCAUUGAGCUCACUGUAAGUCUUUUAAACUUUUUGGGACUAAGUGGGUAUAGGGUCUUGAAAGAGAAAGCACAGAUUGCAAAGGAGAUAGUCAUCUGUCUGGGGCUUGAAAUCUACCAUGGACAUCGACAGCUCAGCACAGACUGGAAAGAAGCCAUUUGUAGUCUCCCAGAGCCCCACACUGUACGAGAAAUGCAGGCAUUCCUAGGAAUGAUAGGAUGGUGUCACCUGUGGAAAGUUAACUAUGGGUUACUAGUCAAACCCCUAUAUGGAACACUAAAAGCAGCCAAGGAAGGAGUUGUAACAUGGACAGAUGAGACCAGAGCUGCAUUUAAACAGCUGAAGCAAUCUUUAGUGUCAGCUCCAGCAUUGAGACUACCAGACCUAACUAAGCCUUUUGAACUGUUUACAUAUAAGCAACUAAAUGUUGCUCUGGGGCUAUUAUCACAGACCCUGGGAAACCAGCAAAGGACUGUGGCCUACUUCUCCAAACAUCUAGACAGUGUUAGCCAAGAAUGGCCGGGGUGUCUGAGAGAUGUAGCAGCAACUGCUAUCCUGAUCCAGGAGGCCUGAAAACCCACCCUUGAGCAGCGCAUUGUCAUCUAUGUACCCCAUGCAGUCCAAGCUGCACUUGAGCAGAAGGGGGGCCACUGGCUGUCCCCUAGCAGGAUGCUUAAAUACCAAGCUGUGUUGUUGGAACAUGAUCAUGUUACCAUGAAAACAACAUCUAUUGUAAAUCCUGCUAUGUUUCUGUCCUCAACAUUGACUGACAGUGUGCCUGAGCAUGACUGUUUGCAGACCAUUGAGGAGGCCUAUUCCAGCAGACCAGACCUGAAGGACGUGCCUCUGGAAAACCUGGACUGGGAACUGUACACGAAAGAAAGCAGCUUCAUGCGGGAUGGUAAGAGAAUGACAGGAUAUGCAGUGACAACCAAGGAUGAAGUAAUCGAGAUGAAGGCCUUGCCAGCAGAUGUGUCAUCCCAAAAAGCAGAACUAAUUGCACUGACAAGAGCUCUAGAACUGAGCGAAGGAAAGAAGUUAAAUAUCUGGACUGAUUCUAAGUACGCAUUCAGUGUUGUACAUGCCCAUGGAGCCAUCUGGAAAGAGAGAGGGCUACUAACUGUCCCAGGCAGUGGGAUCAAACAUGCUGACCAAAUCCAUGCACUCCUGCAGAGUAUUUGGAAACCAGAGGACGUGUCUAUCAUGCAUUGCAGGUCUCAUCAAAAGGGGAAAACAACUCUCAAACUGGGAAAUCAUUUUGCUGACCAGGCGGCAAAAGGGGCUGCAGAAAAAGGUAUCCUAGCAGUAAUACCACAGAAAGAAAUUGUUCUGUCAGGGUUCACCCCAAAAUAUGAUGAGAAAGACCACCAGUUAGUUAAGUCCCUUAAUGCUGAAAUCAAAGAAAGUGGAUAGGCUGUUACACCUACAGGACAGGUUGUGAUCACACCCCAACUUCUUAGGGAGAUAGCUCUACGGGAACAUGAGGCUACCCACUGGGGACCAGAAAAUCUUCUAAAACAUUUGAAGAAGAUAGUAAUAGGGACAGGUAUGACCGAAGUUGUGCAAUCCAUUGUAAGUAAAGGUGAAAUCUGCAGGCAAAACAAUCCUGAUACAACUAAGAGAGUGGUGCUGGGUGUAACAAAGGCCAGGGACCUUCCAGGAGAUUAUUGGCAAAUAGAUUUUGCUGAGUUACCACUCAGGGAGGGAUACAAGUACAUACUAGUACUGGUUGACACCUUCAGUGGAUGGCCUGAAGCUUGCCCCUGGUUCACUAACACAGCAAGGAAGUGGAAAAACCAUAUAAUUCCAAGGUUUGGGGUUCCUCCAGGAAUGUCAUCAGAUAGAGGGACACAUUUCAUUGCAACAGUAGUGAAGGAGGUUUGUCAUGUCCUGGAAAUUGUCUGGGGCCUGCAUACUCCCUACAGACCUCAGGCAAGCAGCAAAGUAGAACAUAUAAAUGGUACUCUUAAAAUGCAAAUUGGUAAAAUUUGUCAGGAAACAUCCAUGUCAUGGGUUCAGGCUUUGCCUCUAGCUCUGCUGAGUAUUCACAUACAACCAAAACGGAGAGAUAACCUAAGUCCUUAUGAAAUAUUAUGUGGGAGACCAUACCAAGCUCUGCAUAUUCCAGGGGACAUUCACAUGAGGGGGAAAGUUGAUCUACAAAAGUAUUUAAUGGCUGUAGGCUAUACUUUACAGAAACUCCAUAGAUUUAUUGAGUUAUCCAGACCUAUAGGACUGGACACCCCUGCUCAUCAGUUCCAGCCUGGAGACUGGGUCUACGUUAAAUGGUGGGACAGUGACCCACUACAAGCCAAGUGGAGAGGACCAUUCCAAGUCCUGCUGACUUCCCUCACUGUCAUCAAAGUUGCUGGCAAAGGACCCUGGUUUCAUUACUCCAGAGUAAAGAAAGCUUCAGUUCCUGGAACAACUAGCAAAUCAGAGCCUGACACAGAUGAAGAGGAUGCACUAAUAAAAAACUACAGAUAUAUGUCGUGACAUCCAGACCAAUAGGAUUGGACGCUCCUGCCCAUCCAUUCCAGCCUGGGGACUGAGCCUAUGUUACAUGGCGGGACAGGUAUCCUUUGCAAGCCAAGUGAAGAGAUCCGUUUCAAGUUCUACUGUCCACCCUCACCGCAGCCUUGGUUGGUGGCAAAGGAUAGUGGAUUCACUACUCCAUAAUUAAGGAGGCCUCUGCUCCCUGGACACUAGAACAAAAGCAGAUAAGAUAAAAAGAAAUGUCAUUUAAAC